CUCAUUUCUUUUUGUACAUACACACUCAGACACCUCGAUGCGCAUCUUUUGCUCGAGGACCAUUCAGUUCUUAUCAUGCCAUCAUUAAGGAAAGCAAAGGAAUCUUCGUCCUCAUCACCAGAAUAAUACGCGGUAUUUUUGGCAAAGUUCUCUAUCAGCCUAAAUGACCCUGACAUUCCCGGGCCACGUUAUCACCACGUCAUCUUCACGGUACCACAACCCAAGCAAUUCUACAACCUGCGUCGCCAAGGCGCUGCUCGGAUAUACCCCCGCCGACGGUUUCCAGCGCCGAUGGGACCGGCUUUUGUCGGCCCUCCCCACGCCCCCAAAGCAAAAAGCAUACAACAUUGCCACCCACAAGACGGAGCUAGUCAAAUGCUGGGAACCUCUUCAGUUUUACGAGCCGGGUGAGGAGCGCCACAUCCCUUGGAAAUGCACCGAAUGGACCAACGACCACGCUCUACCCGCCCUGUGGAAUGCCGGGGAGAUUGUUGAGGAAAUACCGGCAGACCCGUCUUCGGAGGACUGGGUUUGGGACGAAGAAUAUCAGAGAUAUAGACACUGGAGCGCUGAGAAAAAUGAAUGGGUCUGGGCACCCGGAGAGUGAACAAAAAGGUUGAGGCGUCACGUAUAUAACCAUUUGUAAGGUAGUAAUAUUGGGCACCUAAGACGGGCAUGUGUUUCGAUCAAGGUUUCG